AUGGUCAUCAAGCUGAAACAACCCAACACCUCCAGCGCAGGUCCAGCGCCGACAAUCGACACCCCCGCAAUCGUGCGGGGUGUGAUCGACGAUAUUCGUGCCAAUGGUGAUGCAGCUGUGAGGAAGUAUUCUGAGAAGUUUGACAAAUGGAGUCCAGCCAGCUUCAAGCUUUCCCCCGAAGAGAUCAAGGAGAUCAUCGCCAGCGUCCCGACACAGAUCAUCGAUGAUAUAAAACAGGUGCAGGAUAACGUCCGCACCUUUGCGCGAGCCCAAAAGGAUUCCAUCAGAGAAUUUGAACUGGAGAUUCGUCCGGGCGUACACCUAGGACAGAAGAAUGUUCCCAUCAACUCCGUUGGCGCCUACAUCCCCGGCGGCCGAUACCCUCUCCUCGCCUCCGCACACAUGACAAUCCUAACAGCCAAAGUAGCCGGCUGUCCCCAUGUAACAGCCUGCACACCCCCCAUCGCCGGCAAAAUCCCCGCCAACACCGUCGCAGCCAUGCACUUCGCCGGCGCAGACGACAUCUACAUCCUAGGUGGCGUCCAAGCCGUCGCCGCAAUGGCCAUCGGCACACCAACAAUGAAGAAAGUCAACUUCAUCGCCGGACCAGGUAACGCCUUCGUCGCCGAAGCAAAGCGCCAACUCUUCGGUGAAGAAAUCGGCAUCGACCUCCCCGCCGGACCAACUGAGAUCCUCAUUGUAGCAGACGAGCACGCAGACCCCUUCAUCGUCGCAACAGACCUCCUCUCCCAAGCCGAGCACGGCCCAGACUCACCAGCAGUCCUAAUCACCAAUUCAUCUGCCGUGGGCGAAAAGACCAUCGCAGAAGUCGACCGACUCCUCAAGAUCCUACCCACUGCCGAUAUCGCCAGUGUUUCGUGGGCCCGAUUGGGCGAGGUAAAUGUCGUGUCCGAUCUGGACGAGGCGUAUAAACUCGCGGACGAAUACGCAUACGAACACGUUCAGAUUCUGACGCAGAAUCCCCGCGAGGCACUGGUCAAGAUGUCGAAUUAUGGCGCUCUCUUCCUUGGCCAGAAUACUUGCGUUUCGUAUGGUGAUAAGUGCAUCGGCACAAAUCAUGUUCUUCCUACUCGUGGUGCGGCGAGAUAUACCGGUGGAUUGUGGGUCGGAAAGUUCCUGCGCACAGUGACAUACCAAGAAGUCACCGAUGACAAGGAAAGCGGCGAACUCGGCCGUUUGUGUGGCCGUUCAGCGCGCGCGGAGAAUUUCGAGGGACAUGCGAGAUCGGGGGAUGCUCGGGCUAAUAAGUUUCUUGGAGAUCAGUUUGAGUGGAUUUGA